AUGUCAGCUCUCAUCUCCCACGCGCAGCACGCCGCGGGCACCGUCGGAUCGCAACUCCAACGCACCGCAGGAAGCGUGGGCACUUCGCUCCAAACAACCACCAACAGACUCCUCCCUCCGCAACAACGCGAGCAGAAACUCAAAGACCUGCGUGUCUUCGCCAACCGCAACCCCAAGCUCGCCGUGGGUCACACUGCAUCCUUUCCGUCUCCUUCCCCAUUAACAUGUGAUCAGACAUUCCUCUCCAUCCAAACCUUCCUCCUCGGCAUCCCCACGCUCCUCUUUCUAACCUUCGCCCUUUCAACACUCCUCAUCUCCCUCUCAACAUGCCUGCUGAUCGCGCUUAUCUCCGCCUUCAUAUACACCGGCCUGGCGGUCGGGUUCGCCCUCCUCUUCCUCGUGCCCACGCUGUUCAUCGCAAGCUUUGCUGCGAGCUGCGCCUUCCUCUGGGGCCUGGCGGUCUAUCUUGUACUCCAGCGCUUCAAUGAGGGUGAGGCGCCGGGCAAGCCUGGCACGAGAGUGGGUGACAAGUUGCAUGGACUGACGGGUGGCAGGUUGGGUUGGAUGGUGGAUGGGGCAGAUGACAAGCCGGUACAGGUGGGUCAGGCACAGAAUGGUAAAGGCACGAAUGGGCGUACGGGUCACGACGGUGGUCGUGGUGCAUCAGGUGAAGAAGGUGAUGGGAUGGUGAAUGGGAAUGGGUGGGAGAGUAAGUGGGCGAUGGGUAUGAAGCCUCAUAGGGAGAAUGCGGAUGGGCAGGAGAUCAAGGUGGAUACGGUGGUAAGUUGCUGA